AUGAGGGCGCUUUCGCGCGGCGGCAUCCACCCGAUGCUGCUCACUCUCAUCCUUGGCCUCGCCUUCAUAUCGCUCCCGGCACACGCCGCCUUCAUCACCUUCGAGAAUUGCCUCUCCUCCCGCAUCACCGAUUCCCGCCCGAAGCAGUUGCAGUUCACGCCCUCAUUCGUCGAUGCGACCUUCCUCAACACCGUCGGCAGCACCUACGUGCUCAAUUUGACCAUCUUUGGCAACGUCUCCGGCUCUCAAUUCCAAGGCGCCUAUCCGCUGCCGUCAGAUCCGCAAUGGAAGAACGACAAUGAGUCAUUUGGCAAGAUCACGAAUGUCGGCACAGCAAACAAGUUGGCGACCUUGACAGCAGAGUACAACGUCCUGACAUACACGGCAUACAAGAACGAUGGUACCGAGUUCUGCAACACCCUGGUAAAUGGCACAGGAUAUGACUGCCCGCUGGGUCCGGCGUUCUAUGCCAACGCCAGCGAUCCGUCCGACAUCCCGCGCUUCACCAUUCAACACGACUUCGGCAGCUCCUACGCCUUCAGUACCAUCUCUACCACGGUCCACGUCAUCUCCGGCGAUACUGGCGCCCCCGAUGUCGCCUGCAUCAGCGCUCAGAUCUCACCAGAUCUGGGUCCCAACAUUGCUGGGCUGCUCACGUGGCUCCCGGCUGCCAUCUUGAUACUUAAGGGGAUCGCGACGCUGUCGGCUGCCAUCUGGUCGCCGUGGGGAACCUCGGACGUCUUCAAGUGGAGUAGUAACUACGGAAGAGACGAGGAUCUGCUGCGCUUGGUCACACCUGGCUUUGGAGAUUGUCUUCAAUACAUCCAGUUUGUAGUCUUGACGGGCAGCUUGACACUGCAGUAUCCCGGCUUCUUCCAGCCGGCAGUCAGUCAAGCAAGUUGGUCGACACUCCUCUUCAACGAGAGCUACGUUACCGGCGGCGACGGCAGGGUGAGCCUCAUUGAUGGAUUGUACGCCACCAACGCCACCUACGGCUUGACCAAGAUGAGCCAGUACAUUGGAAUGAGCGCCGCACAGGAUAUUUGGGCAUGCAUGGCCAUCUGGCUUGUUGUGAUUGCCGUGGCCGUCGUGGUGGCCAUCCAGAUUGGAUUCUUCUGCCGCUGGGCUUUUCGGGCCAUCAGGAACAUCCAAGAAGAGGACCUCCGCCAGAAGAAUGUGCCUUUCACGCUUGGGAACAUCAUCCGCUUGGUGUUCAACUACUUCAUCCUCCCGAUUGUCGCUCUCAGCCUUUUCCAGUUGGUGAUAUCGACGCACUCACCCGCUAGUGUCGUUGCGUGCGCCGUGGUAUUGCUGCUGAUCAUGAUUGUCUGGGCUGCGUUUAUCUUACGCGUAAUCUUCCGGACAAAACCGAGAGCAAUGCUCUUUGACGACCUGACGACUGUAUUGCUUUACGGACCCUUGUACAAUACCUACAGCGACAGCGCUGCCCCGUUUGCGCUCAUUCCCGUUUUCAUUACCUUUAUGAGAGGUGUUGCCAUCGGAGCUGUGCAACCUAGCGGCAUUGCGCAAAUCAUCAUCCUGGCCAUCUGCGAGGUCAUUCUCGUGCUCACGCUGAACGGAUUCCGGCCUUUCCAGGGACAGACCAGCAUGAACCUGUAUCACACGUUCUUUGCUUUGGCCCGUCUUGCCACAAUACUUCUCAUGAUCGCCUUCGUGCCCACACUGGGCGUCACUGAAGCACCGAGAGGCUGGAUUGGAUACAUCAUCUUGCUCAUUCACGCCUGCGUGCUCGUAUUUGGCUUCUUCCUCAACUCGGCUCAAACGAUCAUUGAAGUCAUCGCCCGUUCCCUCGGCGCUGGUCACGACGCUCAAAACGGCGCCAUUAGGGGUAGCGUCCUGAAUUGGCGUACGUUGAAGAAGCGACCCAACCGCACCGAAGCCGACCGUGCUAGUAUGAUGAGUUCGGCUGCGAUGCUGCGCGACACGGAAGGCAACGCUGGGUAUGGCACACGAUCCAGGAGUAUUUCUGCCAGUAGCCAGCAGCUGCUAAACCGAAUGAGUGGCUUCGAGAAUUUCUCCAGCGCAAACGAGAAUCUGACUUCACCCGACCCGGAUUCUUCCAACGGAUUCAACACGAUGACCAGCAGUGCCAACGGCAAGUCAGUAAUCGCGACCAAGGCUGAUGGUGAAAAUUACUACCGACCUCCGCGACCCAGGAAAGCGACAGUCGAUGCCAUGUCCAACCCUGGCAUCAAGACUCGGAGCGGCGCCGACUUCCCUUACCAAGACUCUCCCACUCCCGGACACGCGAGAGACGCCAGCUACGACAGCGGCGCAUUUGGAUCUCCCCAGCCUGCCUACUUCCGCGCGAGACACGAUUCCGCCGAAGACGCAAACCGGAACACCGAUUACGCAGUGCGCGAAGUCGAUCAGUACUAUAGAGGCCCCGCGCUGAACGAUCAACCAUCGAGGAAGCUCAAGACCGGCCCAGCGGAUCCCGAGGGUCCGGCGUCUACCGCGCAGACCUGGUUUCAGCGCAUGGUGUUUGGUGUCAAGGGCAAGAAGAAGGAUCAGAGUAAGGGUUUCGAAGUGGUACGGUCGUCACGGAUGCCGCCUGGGAUGCAAAGAGAAGCGCCUCAGGGUGAAGGUAUGGAGCUGCAGCAGAGUCCAGCAAUGCGUGAGCCAUAUCGGGAUUCGCCCCAGACGCCGGGCAAGGAGACUCAGGCUACUGCUGGCGCAGAACGCUCUUUUGGCAACUCCAGGGAGAGGUCUCUAAGCCCGACUGACGACAUUGCGUCCCAACCACCGACCCAGAACUUCGAUUUUGGCUUUGAGGACCCCAACAAUUAUCCCUCGAGCAGUGUCCGGCCUGACAGCGAGACUAUUGGUGCUAUAGAGCAUCCUGUCUUGCAGCCGAUCAGUACCGAGCACCGUGCUUCCAUGGGUCCGAGUGGUCUUCAGCGUGGUCUGAGCCAGGUCACCAUGCAGGACGACCACCGUGCGGACGACUCGGACGAUGAUGAAGAGCUCAGCACGGUCCGUCACUUCGACCAGCCUGUCCCGAUGCUCAAUCCAAUAGACUCGGUAGGCGGCAUCGAUUUGCCCUCUCGCUUCAAUUCUACCGCUGGCUCACAUGGCCCUUCGCGCAUGAAUUCGAACGUCGGCCCAAGUCGCAACCAGGGUGGUCUCGGUGCUCCAGACCCAUUGUCUCGGGGUGCUUCGCACAGAAGUGGAAAUGCUGAGGUGAUCGGCAAUUCGCAAGGUGGACAAGACUGGCUUCGAGCAGUCGAAAACCUUGAGUGGAACCACGAUCGCCAGCCUUCGACCCGCGGCAAUCCACAGCCAAGAGGAUCCAUAACCCACGAGGACUUCCGACCUCCGCCACCAUCUGUCCCGCGCCGUAACGCUCGCCGCACACAUUCUCAGGAGCAGGCCGCCUUACGCUCGCCAUACCAGCCCCCGAACAACGGCAAUCUCUUCGAGGGAUUCGAUAGUGACGGACCCACGCCAGACGGUCUUGAUGCACCGGCCGAGGAGCAGGCCGUCCCGGCACCUGCAGGACAAGGACACACCCACAACGUGUCUCACCAUCGUGCAGCAGACAGCAUCACCCGGAACAGCUUUGGGGCUAACGCGGCUUUGAAUGCGAGCAGCGCAGCGGUGGAGUAUCUCGGCGAGACGCCGCCGCAGCAGCACGGUGAGGGCUACCUGAAGUAA